UAAAUUUUGGGCCGUCCUUUGAACACUCUGCAUUUGGAAGAGGCCACCUUUGUACUACGGAGCUGUUGUUUGAGGCUUAUUCGAUAUUAGUACGGGGAUGCAACUGCUACAGAGUUUGUUUGUAUACAGUCUUGCUUUAUUUUAUGGUCUACUAGUCUGUUUACGACUAUUAUGGCACACCAUUCGAAACUUUAGGAUUCCGCCGGGGCCUAAGAAAAGAGAAACCCCUCCUGCAUGCCUUCUCGACCCUGAGCUUGGAGAACACAACUUCCUAAGAACAGCUUCUAAUUUACGAAUCCAUUAUGUGGCUAAAGGCGAUCCAAGCAAGCCACUGAUGUUGUGUCUACAUGGAUUCCCUGAGUUUUGGUAUUCCUGGCGAUAUCAGUUGAAGGCUUUCAGUGAUAACUACAGGGUGGUGGCUGUGGAUAUGAGGUAAUAAUGUUUUCUGCAUUACUUG